AACAUCGCUAUGGUUUUGUUUGAUGGAUCGAUUUUUACUAACAUGGUUUUUUACAAAGAAAUUCUGACAAACGAGGUGAAAGUUACCUCAUCUUAUUACCUCAUCAUUUUUCCUAUUUACCUAUUUACUAUUUACAUUUAGGGCUUACCUAUAUAAACGAUCACGGGAGAUUCUAGAGCUUUGACAGAGCAGGGGGAUUCAAGAGCUGGGACAUUUCUAGGUCAUUGGGAAUGAUGCUGCGAUUCUCCGGGGCUGCGAUCGCUCUGCGACCAAGGAGCCUACCAGCGCUCUCGAUCGCUGCGCGCGCUCGGGCGGCGGAGGGAUUGCGAUUCUUUGCGUCACCGACUAAGAAUUCGAGCUCGGCACAGUGCAGCCAGAGCGAUGGAGCGGUGAAAGAGAGCGAUGGGAAGGUUACCUCGCCGGAAGAGGUGGAAUUCUUGAAGGAGAAGCCCGAUACGUGCACAGGGGACGAGCUUCACUACGUCAGUGUGGCCGGUGGCAAGUGGAAGCUCGCAUUGUGGAGAUAUCUCCCUGUUCGAUCGGCGCCCGCGAGGAAUCACCCGCUUUUGCUUCUGUCUGGUGUCGCAACAAACGCGCUUGGAUUCGAUCUAGACCCCAGCGUUUCUUUUGCUCGUUACAUGAGUUCCAAUGGUUUCGAUACGUGGAUCUUGGAAAUGAGAGCUGCCGGGUUGAGUAAAAACGAAGAAGAGGAAGAACAACUCAAGACUAGUGAUCCCAACAAAGUAGCUACAUACACACGAAGCACUGAAGGGGCGGAGGUUUUCAACUUGCAAGACGUGGAACAAUUAGCUUCCUCUGUGAGUAAGCUCGAGCCAGAGAUAGAGGCUGUUGCUGCGACGAUAAAGGAGGAGGAGAAAGCACGAGGCAAGAAAGAAAAUGGUGGCGUAACUGGCACUAGCGAAGAGUCAAGUUCUUCUUGGGAGAUCACAAAGACGGCAUCGCAGCUAUCUAGCACCGUUGUGGAGCUUGCGGAAAAGCUACGAGCGGUAGUGAAUGAAGGGCAAUCGCGUGUUCUCUCGGCGCGACUUGCAGAGCAGCUAUCUUCCAUUUUAGAGGAUGCUCAACUCUCGCACCGAUAUCAGGAGAUAAAGGAUAGGCUGGUGAAACUGUUGGAGGAAAGGAAGAAUGCGGCAUUUACUUCUCAGCUCAUCGAUCUAAGUAACAGGCUCACUAGACUUCUGGAGGAGACACAGGUCUCAGUUUCUCGCGUGAGAGACUUACAGUCGCGGCUCACUUCAACAGUGGACGAGUUUCAAAAGUUCCUGGACCUUAUUGUGAAGUAUGAUUGGGACUUUGAUCACUACCUCGAAGAAGACGUCCCAGCUGCGAUCGAGUACGUCCGAAACAAAUGUAAUCCGAAGGAUGGAAAGCUGCUUGGAGUUGGGCAUUCCAUGGGAGGCAUAAUUCUCUAUGCACUCUUGGCGAGUAAAGGAAAGGAUUCUGGCAUCGCUGCAGCGGUCACUUUAGCUUCAUCGCUCGACUACAGUGCUUCGAACUCCUCGCUGCACAUGCUUCUGCCGUUGGCUGAUCCAGCGCAAGUGCUUAACGUCCCAGUUGUGCCUCUUGGAGCCAUAAUGCAGGCAGUGUAUCCUCUAGUGUGUCGACCUCCGUAUGCACUGGCAUGGCUUGGAUAUAAUGUUUCUGCUAGCGGAAUGAUGGAUCCGGACCUCUACAAAAAACUGGUUUACAAUAAUUUUUGCACGGUUCCUGCAAAGCUUCUUUUGCAGCUAAGAACAGCUUUUCAACGCGGUGGUCUUAAGAGUCGCGAUGGAAAUGUUAUGUACAAAGACUUGUUAUCGAAGUCCGAAGUCCCAGUUUACGCAAUUGCUGGGGAUGCGGAUCUGGUUUGCCCUCCCUCGGCUGUUAUCGAUACUGUAUGCACUUUACCUACGGAACGAGGUAAAUACGAGGUAUUUGGAGGGCGGCAUAAUCGGCAUUAUGGUCACUAUGAUCUGCUCGUCUCUCGAACGGCAAAAACGGAGGUGUUCCCUGCGAUUCUCAAGUUCUUCGAGAAACACGAUAUGCUACAAUAAUCAGGUAUCUCUUGUUUUUUUUUCCAAAUGCACAUCACCUGAUCAGUGGGAAACGUUGCUUCAGUUUCCCUGUACAGGUCUCCAAGGAUUCCGGAACGAAAGAGAGUGAAUCCAUGAAGCGCAAGAUGUUUGAAA